AUCUCUUCCAAUGUCUUAGAAAAUUUACAAGAUUUUUAUAAGACCUGAAUGUAAUAUAGUUACAUGAUUGUGCUAUGAAGUGGUACUAUGUGUCUGGAAAAGACAUAAUACUGCCCCUUUAACGUUGGCAUCAUUUACCAUCAAAUGUCGUCAGCCUGUAUUCUGUCAGAAUAAAGGCUGUCUCUCUCAGUCUCUCUACGCCUUGAGGUGGGGUUUUAUCAGGCCGCCGCACAGGAAAAUGGGCUUUGCUUGACAUUUUGUUACAUUUCCCGUUAUAACUUCAUCACACGCUUCUCACCAAGACAUUUCCUCUGGAGGGAAACAAGGCAUAAACAUGUGAGUUGUUGCUCAGUUUGCGUGUAGGAGGAACUUGAGAAUUAUGAGCAAAAAAAAAAAAAAGAAAAAGAAGGAUAAAAGCAGAAAGUGAAAGAGUUUGUGGUGCCCUCUGCUUUCUGUAAAUGACUCUUCCUCCCCAGGGAUGUUGCUAUAAAAAGAAGCGAAGAGGAGGAGGAGGAAGGCUUGGGAGCAUUGCCUCAAGGGGAGCGUGCGGCUAUUUUUAGCUUUGGCUUGAAACGCUCCGCUGAGUGCCUGCGUGUGCCUGCUGCAUGCAUGUUACGAUGGGGAUCACGCACAGGGAUGGCAGGAUGUUGAUGGUCACUUCAAUAUUUUAGAUAUUUAGAAGGAAAACACACAGAUGUUUUAAUACUCUGGAUGGAGCUGAGCCACAACGGAAAGUCAAAAGGUUGAGCAAAUACUGUAAAAUAGUAGCUAAGGUGAUCAGAACGAAAAGAGAAGGAAGUGAUGGAGAGAAUGAACAAAAAAUAAGCAAGAAUGUUGAGAGAUGAAAGCGCCUACUGGACGUGUUGUUGGUGCAAAGGCAAACACUCCGAAAGGGAGAGCAGCGAAGGAAAUCCUGGAGUGAUGUCACUUUGCCGCUGACUGCAUUCGUACACAUGCUCCCGAGGGGAAAGGAGAGUGUGUGCGUGUGUGUUACGGGGGAGGGGGGGACGUUAGAGAAAGGAGUCUCUAGCCAGACCGCGGCGGGAGCGAGUGGCAAGACAAGGAAAGGGAGAGGAAGGGGACCGAUGAAGAGGAAGAGGAAGGAAAAGACAGAUGGAAGAGGAGGAAUGGUGAAGCAGAAAGGUGAUCACCCCGUUCCGUAGGCUCAUCCUCUGCGCCGAGAACAGGAAAGAGAUGGAGGACUGGAUCAGUUCGCUCAAGUCCGUCCAGUCCAGGGAGCAUUACGAGACGGCACAGUUUAAUGUGGAACAUUUCUCAGGGAUGCACAACUGGUACGCCUGCUCCCACGCACGGCCCACCUUCUGCAAUGUCUGUAAAGACAGCUUGUCUGGGGUCACAUCUCAUGGCCUCUCCUGCGAAGUGUGCAAGUUCAAAGCCCACAAACGCUGCGCUGUAAGAGCCACUAACAAUUGCAAAUGGACGACCUUGGCCUCCAUAGGGAAGGACAUCAUUGAAGAUGAGGAUGGGAUUGCCAUGCCUCAUCAGUGGUUGGAGGGCAACCUUCCUGUCAGUGCCAAAUGUGCCGUGUGUGAUAAGACAUGUGGCAGCGUACUAAGGCUGCAGGACUGGCGCUGCCUCUGGUGCAAAGCCAUGGUGCAUACAGCCUGUAUGGACCUGUACCCUCGCAAGUGUCCUCUCGGUCAAUGCAAAGUCUCCAUCAUUCCCCCCACGGCGCUCAACAGCAUCGAUUCAGAUGGCUUCUGGAAGGCCACCUGUCCCCCGUCGUGUGCCAGUCCCCUCCUGGUCUUCGUCAACUCGAAAAGCGGCGACAACCAGGGGGUGAAGUUCCUGCGACGCUUCAAGCAGCUUCUCAACCCGGCCCAAGUCUUCGACCUGGUCAACGGGGGUCCGCACCUCGGCCUGCGUCUGUUCCAGAAGUUUGACAACUUUCGUAUCCUGGUGUGUGGCGGGGACGGCAGUGUGGGAUGGGUCCUGUCAGAGAUAGACAAACUCAACCUCCACAAGCAGUGCCAGCUGGGGGUGUUGCCCCUCGGCACCGGCAACGAUCUGGCCCGAGUGCUGGGCUGGGGCCCUUCGUGCGACGACGACACCCAGCUGCCCCAGAUCCUGGAGAAGCUGGAGCGGGCCAGCACCAAGAUGCUGGACCGCUGGAGCAUCAUGACCUUCGAGAUUAAGAUCCCACCCAAACACAGCUGCCCCACCACCCCGGAGGGAGCCGGCGACUGCCAGUUUCACAUUUCAGCGUAUGAACACUCAGUGACCACUCACCUCACAAAGAUCCUCACCUCAGAGCAGCACUCUGUGGUCAUCUCUUCUGCCAAGAUUCUGUGCGAAACUGUGAAGGAUUUUAUUGCCAAAGUGGGGAAAGCAUAUGAAAAAAGCACAGAGAACGUUGAGGAAUGUGACUCGAUGUCUCUCAAAUGUGCCAUGCUGAACGAGAAGCUGGACUCCCUCCUGCAGACGCUGAACGCAGAAUGCCAGUCCCUGCCGCCGCUUCCCCACUGCACCCCUCCGAUCGUGGAAGAAGAACAAGAGGAGGAUGAGGAGGAGGAGGAAGAAGAGGAGGAGGAAGCCAGUGAGGAGAGCCUGACGGAGCUCAAGGGGAAGCUGGAAGAGGAGGAGACGGAGAAGGGGCGGGGGGGCAGCGGGCCCCCCGAGCAGCUGUUUAAAAGCCGGGAGCAGCUGAUGCUCAGGGCCAACAGUCUGAAGAAAGCCGUCCGGCAGAUCAUAGACCAGGCUGUGAGAGUGGUGGACGAGCAGAACGCCCACACGGAUGACACAGAGCUUCCGUCGCCGCUGGAGUUCAGGAAGGACAGCGAGGACGAGAACAGGGACAGUGAGAAGGACGAGGACACCAAGGAACUGGAGGCGGUGUCGUCCGCUAGGAGUCCCUGUUCCCCGACAGAGAGCAGAGUGAGCCGCAGCACCCAGUCGUACGGCCCCUUCACCAUCACACCCUUCACCACCAGCAAGGAGAACCUCCCCGUGCUCAACACACGUAUCAUCUGCCCUGGGCUGCGAGCCGGGCUGGCCGCCUCCAUCGCCGGAAGCUCCAUCAUUAGCAAGAUGCUGCUAGCUAACAUCGACCCGUUCGGCGCGACGCCCUUCAUCGACCCUGACCUCGACUCGCUAGAGGGCUACAUGGAGAAGUGUGUCAUGAACAACUACUUUGGCAUCGGCCUGGACGCCAAGAUCUCUCUGGAGUUCAACAACAAGAGAGAGGAGCAUCCAGAGAAAUGCAGGAGUCGUACGAAGAACAUGAUGUGGUACGGUGUUCUGGGCACCAGAGAACUGCUGCAGAGAACCUACAAGAACUUGGAGCAAAAAGUGCAGCUGGAGUGUGACGGUCAGUACAUCCCCCUGCCCAGCCUGCAGGGGAUCGCCGUGUUGAACAUCCCCAGCUACGCAGGCGGAACCAACUUCUGGGGCGGCACCAAGGAGGAUGAUAUCUUCUGCGCUCCGUCGUUUGACGAUAAGAUCCUGGAGGUGGUGGCCGUGUUCGGGAGCAUGCAGAUGGCCGUAUCCAGAGUCAUCAAGCUGCAACAUCAUCGCAUAGCCCAGUGUCGAACGGUGAAGAUCACCAUCCUGGGAGACGAGGGCGUUCCCAUCCAGGUGGACGGCGAGGCCUGGAUCCAGCCGCCCGGAGUUAUCAAGAUCCAGCACAAGAACAGAGCGCAGAUGCUCACCAGAGACCGGGCGUUUGAGAACACACUGAAGUCAUGGGAGGACAAACUGAAGUACGACAAGCCGCCCCUGCGGCCUCACCUCUACCCGCAGCAGUCUGUGGAUCUGGCCACAGAGGAGGAGAACGCCCUGAUGCAGAUGUGCGCCCGGGCGGCCGAAGAGCUCAUCACAAGGAUAUGCGAAGCUGCAAAAACCAACGGGCUUUUGGAGCAGGAGCUGGCUCAUGCUGUUAACGCCGCGUCGCACGCCAUCAACAAAAUGCACCCCAAGUUCCCAGAGAGUCUGACGAGGAACACUGCUAUCGAGGUGGCGAGCACCGUCAAGGCGCUCCACAACGAGACCGAGUCUCUUCUGUUGGGCCGAGUCUCUCUGCAACUGGACCCGCCUGAGGAGGAGCAGCUGUCCAGUGCUUUGCAGAGCCUGGAUGUUGAACUGGGCAAACUGGGAGAAAUCCCCUGGCUCUACCACAUACUGCAGCCCAACGACGAAGAGGACCCCUCUCUGGGUUACGGCAAGAGGAACAGUCGCAGCAGCGUGUUCCGCAUAGUGCCCAAGUUCAAGAAGGAGAAGGCCGCCAAGAAGACCAGCCCUCAGUCAGUGGAGAGGUGGGGCACAGAGGAGGUGGGCGUCUGGCUGGAACAGCUGAGUCUCGGGGAGUACAGAGAGACCUUCAUACGGCACGACAUCCGAGGCUCAGAGCUGCUGCACCUGGAGAGGAGGGACCUAAAGGAUCUGGGGAUAUCGAAAGUGGGUCAUAUGAAGAGAAUCCUCCAGGGAACUAAGGAGCUGGCCAAGGUCUCCAUGGUCGACCUUUAACCUGGGAGCAAUAACUGCCAGAGAGGGGGAAGCCACACAUUCCCCCCUAACGUGGGAGUUUGGGAGCACCGUAGGCAGAGAGAGAGAGAGAGAGGAGACGAGUAUUCAAGUCGAGCCGGCUUUAACCGCUCCGCCAUGAGCGUCUUCGUGACGGACGGGACCAGGACGUGCUAGUGUGCCUGCGUGUUUGUGCUGCGGUGCCAACAAGACAGUCCAGAAAACUGAGAAAAGUUCAAAAUGGAAGUCAAGAAAAUUCAUAGCAACAAAAAAAAAUAAAUAAAAGCCAUUUCAAAGUUAAUAACCACUCAAGCACACUAUCAGGUAUGCAAGAAUCCAUAUUAAUAGCUAGUUGUCUGAUGAACUAGUAGCAUAAAUAAGACUUCCAUGAGUUCGGGGUUCACUUUCAGUUGGAGUUGAUUGUGAACUGCAGAUGAAUCUUGAGCAUUAAAGUAACCGUCAGGAGUCUGCCGAUAAGAAAAACAAACAUCUCCAUCUGCCAUCGGGGCGCGGUCGCAUGCUACGCUUGCUAAACUUUUAAGUAUCUUUAACUGCAUGAUUAGUGUCUUGAUUUUUUGGUGUGCAAGAUAACACUUGAAGAAGUUUUACAUGUCUUAUUAAGUAUUACGAUACCAUUUGUUACUACUGAAACCAAGAUGGUGUGCUUUUUUUCCCUCUCGCUCGAUUUAAUUUAUUUUUGCUAGCAUGACUAUGACGUGUCAAAGAUUUCUGUCAAGUGCCAUACUUUCGGUUAUUUGUCGUAAAACGUGCUCUCUGGCGGUCAUCAUAGGAAGAUGAAUGACAAAGUAGGAAUUGGUGGCAUUGUUGAUCGUGGAUGUGAAAACAGAACCAAAGUGAAUGUUGGAGGAAAACCUGAAGAUUUUGUUUUGAGGACCGCGAGGGGCCUCACUUCCGCUCAGACUGGGAUUAACAGUUUCCAAGGAGACGCUGCUGGUCAGGGCCCACACAAAUAUAUUAUAGGGUUGUUCAGUUUUUUUGUUUGUUUUGUUUGUUUUUUUGUUAGGAAUAUCUUAAAGGCACUUUUCACAUAUUGCUUUAUGCAAGUGCAAAUCCUCAUAUCAUUACAUAGAUUAAAAACAACAACAAAAAAAUCACCUCAACUUUGUAUCUUUUGGCAGUUUUAACUAAUGCAAGAUAGCAAUUAGGUAACCAGUUUUGAAUAUGUAACGAAGCAGUUGAUCUUCUUCUAUUUCCACGUUGAUAGAAACUUUUUCCUCUUAGUUUCUUUAAGGUCGAUGGCAUUACAGGGUAUAUUUCUAGAUGUGAUGCUAGGUUUGUACAUACUUAUGCACUGUACAUACGGUGAAGAAGUGGAUGCAAACGAUGUUUGUUGUAGCCUUAUGCAUUUUGCAGUUCUGUUGACUUGGCAUGCAUUCGUGAAGAGCUCCCCCUUUUGGACAAAGUGUAAAACACCUUCAACAGUCGUGCAUUGCCGAUUUUGUUUUGCUCUCUUGUACAUGUUAACUUUGUCGUAUUCUAAUGAUGGUGCAAUAUCUGAUCUCUUGUUUUCUUUCUCACUCUUAAACUUUGCAAAAUGAUCUCUAUCUGUGGGGGGAGGGGGGUAACAUCUAAAACUUGUGUUUUUAUUUAUGCUUAUGGUUUCUUUGUUUCUAUAUUUUGUUAGUCUGGGAGAAUUUUUAAAGUUCGACCCCACAGCUGUUUCUUACAUGGUCCAGACUUCUUCCAGUGGUUGAUUUGUUUGUAGAUUCGCUCCUAUGUGCUUCCAAGAUGAUACUCUAAUAAGACUGUCUGUGAAUGGAUUGACUAGGCAGACGUGACUGUUGUGUUAUCACGUAUCAUAACGUUUGUUUGUACAUUUGUGUGCACAGACAGUUAGUGGCCUGACAUGCAAGCAAUUGUAUAAGUUCAGCUGCAAACCAUCCUUAUUUUAACCUAUUUUUGGCUUUUUCUUCAAAAACGAAUCAAUUUUUUGCAGCUUAUGACACCCUUUUAGAUUUACACAUUCAAAUGUAUUGGUCCCUUCAUUUCAGGCCUAUAAGACAUUAUGAAAGAACAGAGGAAGACAGACGAUAAAGCUUGUUUUAUUUCUUCUAAUACUAACUGACAUUUGAUAACUGAGGCUAGGGAAUAAUAGUUGGUUAAUUUUAGCUUUGCAGUAGCUGCGUUUUCAUUACAAAUGUGUCGCAGUUGUGGUGUUUCCACUAAAUAAGACACAAUUAAAAUCUCAUGUGAAUAAGAUUGUUCACGCCACGAGUCAUUAAAAAAACAUUCUGCGCCAUCAUUCUUCUGCCACUUCCUGUCAUCUUCUUUGUCGUUUCCGCCAGUGGUAACAUCUGGUUGUUGAUCACAUGACUCGUGUGAUACGAAAAAAGUCUUUCCAUUGCAGUUUCAUGAAAUACACUAAUUUCAAUGCGGCAGCGUAACCACCUCAUCCUAGCGCAAAAGGUUUUCUUUUCGAUAAACUUUAGUUUUUUCAAAAUUGUUGUGUUUCCAUUAAUUGAAUUCCUUUUUGCUGUCCCAAUUUGCGCAACUAUCUGAUCAAUGGAAACGCAGCUGGUGUAGCCCUUUCAGUUGAUAUUACACUUACAGUUUCUUACAGUGCAAUUCAUACCACUUGGUGCCACAACCUUCAAUGUACUUCAUGUGGGGAGUUGACAGCGAAGGAUGCAUGGCUUUCAGUUGUUUCUGAUAAGUGUGGCAUGCAUUACUAUUUCGCCGUCUUGAGUCAAUAUUCUUGGAGAACCUAAAGAUUCAAAAUCUUGCAAAUUCUUCUUAUCAAAACAACUCAAACUCUGUCAAAUUGGAUGGAGAAAUUGUUUUAAACCUCCAAUUUUUAAAUCUUGGAAUUAGAUGUGGACUUUUGCUAGGCCGUUUUAACAAAUGGAUUUACCUAGAUCCAAGCAUUGUCACCUUGGAUGUGUCUUCUGACAAAGUCUCACCUCUCAAGUCUUUGGCAGUUAUUUCCCCGUCUCAAUCCAUCUUUUCAUCAACUAUGGCUAGUUUCUCUUUCCCUGCUGCUGAAAACAUCACCAAUCCAUGAUGCUGCCACCACCAUGUUUCACUAUGGGUUGGUGUUUUCAUGCCAAACAACUCAGCAGUUUGGUAAAGAUUUUACUCUUAGCUUACUUUUGUGGGAAAUUGGUUGCAUGUUAUUUUAUUUCGGAUUAAAAAAGGGUGAGUAAAAAUGCAUGCAACACUUUCUAAAUUUUUAUUCAUGUAAAAAAUAACUGCUAAAGAAACAACCAUUUUCAUUUUCUUUGCACUCUGCAGUUAUGUGCUACUGAGCGUUGGUUCGCCACAUAAAAUCUUAUUGAAAGGCAUUGAAGUUUGUGGCAGAAAUGUAAUUAACCAUGUAAAAACCUAAACAGUAUGGAUUGUUUUGUAAAGUACUUUCUGCAUUUAAUGUAGGUGCAAAAGAAAACAAACCGGUUCAACUUUUUCUGUUCUGAGGGACCACACGCCCCCAAAAAGUGACUGAAUGCAUCACCGUGUGUUAUCUGUAACAUCCCACAAGGGGGCGAUCUAACACACGUCAACUCCCAAAGCAGGCAGCUGAAGCUCGACAGUUUCUUACAGCGACAAUCCGUUGGUUGACUGUGGAGCUCCUCACUUAUUUGAACACAAAAUCGAACCAGAUUUAAUCUUUAAAGACAUAAAUAUGUGUGUCAUUUUCUUAUUAUGCUGCCAAAGAUAUUUGUUUAAUGAGAACUGACAUCCCGUUGCAGUGGUAGUUCUUGAUAAGCGAUCACUUAUAGCCUCUCUGUACCGCCGGACACCAGGCGAGUUCUGAAAAACUUCGUCGCCGUUUUAGACCAGAGAGUUCUCCACUUUCCUAUCUAACAGUGGAAGUCAGUCACCACUGUCCUCCCAUGAUGGGUUUCCCACUGGUCUGUAAAUAAUGCUGCAAACUGCCUAGUUUUUUAUUUUUUAUUUAUUUUUUUUUACCAAAACCAACUGAACCCACGCGGAUCUAUAAAAGACAAAUGAACACGUCUUUUUUUUUUUUUUUUUUUUUUUUUUUUUUCUCUGUGCGUGCGUGCGUGUGUGUGUGUGUGUGUGUUUUUAAGUGACGGGAGAAAAGAAAAGUGAGUUUCAUUUGUUUACAUUAUGUUUACAAUGGCACAGGUUUCCUUUGUAAGACUAUAUAUGUAGCUACAGACAAUAUUUGCAUAUUUAUUGCCUAAGGUUUAAUGAUAUAACGUGUAUUGUGUUUUCACAGUUGGAAUAUAAUGUUACAGUUCUCACCUGUAUUACUUAUCUGGAUGAUUUUGGUAAAGUAGUUGAUCAUUUUUAUGACUACUAUAAGUGACUGUUUUCUGUGCCUUUUUAUGGUUAGAAUGCAUGGUUACCUAUUUAUUACAAUUUGGAGUCACUGAGAUGUGUAUUUUUGUAUUCGGAAUAAAUAAAUGAUUCAGCCCUUGUAGUACAUUUUAAGGUGCCUUGAAACAGGCCACCUGUUCAUAUCUCUCUUCUUCAAUAAAACCAAAUACAUAUGCA